AUGGAGCCCAACCGUCUUUAUGUUAGCUAUAACGAUGUGCACAAGAUGUGCCGCGAGCAAGCCAAGGAGAUUCUCGCUCGCUUCCGUCCUGAUGUCAUUAUCGCCAUUGGCGGUGGUGGUUUCAUCCCCGCCCGUAUCCUUCGUACUUUCUUGAAGAUGCCCGGCCAAAAGAACAUUCCCAUUCAAGCCAUUGGUCUUUCGUUGUACGAGGAAUUGGUUUCUGACGCACCUGAAGAGGUUCCAGGCGUGGAGGUCAAGCGUACCCAGUGGCUCGACUUCAGUACCCUUGGUAUGGUCGACUUGGUGGGCAAGAACGUUCUUAUUGUCGACGAGGUCGACGACACUCGUACCACUCUUCAUUAUGCUGUUCGUGAGCUUCGUCGUGAUGUCGAAGCUCAGGCCAAGAAGUUGAACCGUGAAACCGAGCAAACUAGAUUCGGUAUCUUUGUCGUUCACAACAAGCUGAAGCCCAAGAAUGCCGAGUUGAGCAAAGAUUUGUUGGACAGCUACUACUUUGUUGGUCAAAACACUCCAGACUGCUGGAUCAUGUAUCCUUGGGAGGCUGUUGAUAUUGACGACCACGACAAGCAUGUUGCCGCCCAGGCCGAGAAGAAGUAG